CCGUCGGCGAGGGUGGUCCAUUUGAACGUAGCAGCGAGACGAGCUCCCAAUUAUCCAGCACCCGGUGGAAUGACAUCAAUGGCUUUUCAUUACAGUCCUCUAGCGCGAAGCGCCGUCAGGCUAACGAACCGAGCCUUCCAUGUGUCUCCUUGCAAGAGUAGAAUGCCCGCAUGUGUCCGAUCGUACAGUUCCUACCCAGGUCCUACCGAGAGCUCAUCGGACCACAAAUCCCGCAAAAAAGUAACUCUGACAACUCUCGAGCGGACAUACCGUCGGCAGGUCCCGAUAACAGUUAUGACCGCCCACGACUACCCUUCUGCCGUAUUUGUGGAUAAAUCCGGGAUUGAUAUGUGCCUUGUUGGAGAUUCAUUAGCGAUGGUUGCAUUGGGAUACGACAACACCAAUCGGAUCACCCUCGAUGAAAUGCUACAUCACUGCCGUGCAGUAGCUCGUGGAAGUAAGCAUCCCUUUCUAGUAGGCGAUCUUCCUUUCGGAUCAUAUGAAGCCUCUCCAUCCCACGCCCUGUCAUCGUCAAUCCGCAUGAUUCGAGAGGGUCACAUGGAAGCCGUUAAACUGGAAGGCGGCGUAGAAAUGGCAGAAACCAUUCACAAAAUUACAUCAGUAGGAAUUCCGGUUCUCGGUCAUGUGGGUCUGACACCACAGCGCGCUGCCGCGCUGGGUGGCUUCAGAGUGCAAGGAAAGACGAUGGAAAAGGCCAAGAAGCUGAUUGAGGAUGCUUUGGCCGUGCAGGAAGCAGGUGCAUUUGCAAUUGUAUUGGAGGCCGUCCCGGAAGUAGUCGCCAAGGAGAUUACCAACAGCCUGAAAGUGCCGACUAUUGGGAUUGGUGCCGGAGCAGGCUGUUCCGGCCAGGUGCUGGUGCAACUUGAUAUGUUGGGAGUUUAUGACAAACUUAUGCCAAAAUUUUGCAAACUGUACGCUGAGGUGGGCAAGGCGACAAUUGCUGGCCUUGAACAGUACGUUCAAGAGGUCAAGAAUGGGUCAUUCCCUGAAUCUGGCACGCACACAUAUCCGAUGGAAAAGGGCGAAGAGGAAAAGUUUUUGAAAUGGAUCAGCGAGGAGAAAAGAGACUGCUUAAAAUAGGGAGUGCGACUACUCUCAUAUAGACGAUUUGUUUAAGAGUAGAUAGAGGGCAGCAGUGGCUAC